CAGAACCGAACCGGUUUGUCGGAAUAACAGUCUCAGGCGUUAGACACGACUCAGGUAGGGGCAUUUUAAAUAUAAAUAUGAGGACAGAUGUAGGAUAAAUCCGCGGGCUUCUGAAUGGAGGAUGUAGUCCUGAAGCUUUUUUUCCACGGAGCGCAUGUUUCGUUUUUGCAGUGAAAUGAAUGAAAAUCUGAGGAGAACACAAGAAUAAAACAAAAUCCGGCAUUACCAUGGAUGCGAGAGUACAGUGAUGCUACACCUGUGACUGAAUAAAGUCAGACAAAAUAAAUAUAAAUAGCCUAUAUAAUAAAGCCUAUAAAUAAAAUCCGAAAACAGCUACAAGAAUAAGUUCUCCAGCACACUGUGAUUACGGAUCAGAUUCGGCAGAUGUUAUUUUACUGAGGACAGGUUAAUUGAUCCUGAGGACCGAGCACACCACAGAUCGGAGGAUGGUCCCCGGGGCCCCCAGCACGACAACCACCAUGCUCCCCGCCUCUGAGGCUGCCAAAAUCUACCAGACCAAUUACGUCCGCAACUCCCGCGCCAUCGGCGUCCUAUGGGCCAUCUUCACCAUCCUCUUCGCCAUCGUCAACGUGGUGUGCUUCAUCCAGCCGUACUGGAUCGGAGACGGCGUGGACACCCCGCAGGUGGGCUACUUCGGUCUGUUUCACUACUGCAUCGGGAACGGGCUGUCCCGGGACUUGACCUGUCAAGGAAGCUUCACCGAGUUCAGCGCCAUCCCCUCCGGUGCGUUCAAGGCUGCCUCUUUCUUUAUCGGCAUGUCCAUGGUUCUGGUCCUCACCUGCAUCGGCUGCUUCGCGCUCUUCUUCUUCUGCAGCACCGGCACCGUGUACAAGAUCUGCGGCUGGAUGCAGCUGGCUGCAGGUACAUGUCUGAUUCUGGGCUGCAUGAUCUACCCGGAUGGCUGGGACAGCGACGAGGUGAAGCGGAUGUGUGGAGAGCAGACGGACAAGUACACGCUGGGGGCCUGCUCGGUGCGCUGGGCCUACAUCCUUGCCAUAAUGGGCAUCAUGGACGCGCUCAUCCUCUCCUUCCUCGCCUUCGUCCUGGGAAACCGUCAGGACAGUCUGAUGUCUGAGGAGCUGCUGGGAGACAAGAGCGGUAACAAUGCCAUAUAAUAUCUGGUAAUGGUAGAGCAGUCACAUACACACAGGUCUCACUGCCUAGACGUGAUGUUACUUCAGGAUCCAGCAUCCCUCUUCUGGUCCAACCUGUGGCUGAGAUGGAGAGCUGAUGUGUGGGGAAAGAACAGAUCAAAGAAGGAGAGGAUGUCUGGAAGGGGCCACGCAACCUUGGAGGAGAUCACGAUGCAUCUUAAUUUUCCUCUCUGAAAGCCCCCUCUGUAAAAUAGCCUUCUCAUUCAUCUGAAACUGCUUGUUUUUGCAGGAUGAUUUCUUAAAGACUUUUUCAAAGUUUACCUGUGUUCGUAUGUCACUGCAUCAUCUUACCCGAGCUGUUAAAACUAAAAUGUUCUCCAUGUGGAUGUGAGUAAAAGCUGCUCCAGUGCACAGGUUCAGCUGGAAAAAUAAAAAUACAUAAAAGAC